AUGUCUAUAGACCCAGAGCUACUAAAAAAUUUGGAGAUCAGCGUCGCUGGUGAAAAUGGAGCCGAUACUUCUGUUUCUCCCCCUGCAGUAACCGGGACUUCAAAGGAAACGGAGGACUCCGACGAUGAUGUGGCGGAAGAUAGCCCAGCAGUAGCUGCUGGGAACGGCGAAGAGGUUGAAUACAAGGACGAUAAUCUAUGGCGAACCACCAAUGAGGAGAAGCGAUACCUCGACAAUCUCAAUAGUGACUUCCUCUCUGAUUAUCGCCAAGCCGCUGAGGCACAUCGCCAAGUCCGUCAGUGGGCACAGAGAAGCAUUAAGCCCGGUCAAACGCUCCUCGAAAUUGCCAACGGCAUUGAAGAUAGUGCGCGACGUCUGGUGGGUCAUGAUGGCCUGACCGAAGGCGACUCUCUGAUAGCCGGCAUGGGAUUCCCCACCGGUUUGAAUAUCGACAACGUUGUCGCCCACUACAGCCCAAACGCUGGCUGCAAGACCGUGCUUGCGCAGAACAAUGUACUGAAAGUAGAUAUUGGCAUUCAUGUAGGCGGUCGGAUUGUUGACAGCGCUUUCACGAUGGCGUUCGAUCCAGUUUACGACAACCUACUGGAAGCGGUUAAGGACGCAACGAAUACUGGUGUUCGCGAAGCUGGCAUCGACGUUCGGGUGGGAGAACUAGGUGGUCUUAUUCAGGAGGCAAUGGAAAGCUACGAGUGUGAAAUCAACGGUAAGGUCCAUCCGAUCAAGGCGAUUCGCAACUUGUGCGGGCACACAAUUCUCCCGUAUUCCAUUCAUGGCACCAAGAGUGUCCCCUUUAUCAAGUCAGAUGAUAUGACAAAGAUGGAGGAAGGAGAUGUCUUCGCGAUCGAAACCUUUGGCAGUACCGGUAGCGGCCGAUACGUUGAAGGAGGAGAAGUAUCACAUUAUGCUCUGCGUGGUGACGCAAACCCAAAGAACUUGGCUUUGUCUUCUGCCAAAUCCGUGUUGGGGGCUAUCAAGAAAAACUUCAGCACGAUCCCUUUCUGCCGACGCUAUUUGGACAGAAUUGGCCAAGAAAAAUAUCUCCUCGGUCUGAAUAGCUUGGUGAAAUCCGGAAUUGUUGAAGACUAUCCACCUUUGAAUGAGAAGGAAGGUACUUACACAGCCCAGUUUGAACACACCAUUCUACUUCGACCAAACAUCAAAGAGGUCAUUAGUCGCGGAGACGACUUCUGA